AAGUGGGUUGGUGCUGUUAUGAUGUAAUGGACGAGCUUGUGGAGAAAGCCUCAGCCUGUUUCCUUUGGUCAAAUGAUGCAUCAGCUGAUUUGUGGCACAGUACUCCAGUUAAAAAGGCCAACCUCAUGUCCUAACAAGUGUCAAGAUGGACAGCAGCACACCAAAAAGUGGGCUCAAAGUACACCUCCCACCCAAGCAGACAUCCUCAGCUCCACCUGCAUGCUGGGCACAGAGUUUCCCGUGAGAGACCUGAGCAGCUCCACCAUCCAGAGGCAGAGGAGAGAGCUGCAGCUGCUGAUGGCCGAGCUGAAGGACCGGGACAGGGAGCUGAACACGAUGGCCGCCUCCCAUCGGAAGCAGCUUCAGGCCUGGGAACAAGACCGCCAGAUGAUGCUGACGUUGAAGCAAAGGUGUGCACGUCUGGAUGAUGAGUUGCAGAAGCGUAACGAGGUGAUCAGAGUUCUGACGAAACGCGUGUGGGUGGUGGAAGCCAGGGAGGAGGAAGUCCAGAAGGAGCUGAGCGCAGCCCGGGAUCAGCUCUGUGAGCUGGAACAGAAACAGCAGCACGUCAGCCAAAGAUGUGAAGACUUUGAGGAGAAGAACCAGAGUCUGAACUCGACGCUGAUGGCUCUGUCUACUCAAGUUGGCUCACUGCAGGUCAGAGAGGAAGAACUGAGGUCCAUGCUCAAACUCAAGGACAAAGAUGUGAAUGAGGCCUCUGGUCAAAUAGUCGAGCUUACGGGGCGCCUAAGAGAUCUGGAGACGUCGCUAACAGAGAGUCGUUCGCGGGAGAGCAAACUGCUGAGAGACUCGGAGGAAAAUAAACGGCGCCACAAAGAGGCCAGGCAUGAGAUCACAAAUCUUAAAGAGGAGCUGCAGCAGCAGGUGACACAGAGCAGCACUCAGAGGGAGGAGAUGAUCCGUCUCAAACAGGAGCUCCAGCUGCUGCGCACAGAUCUCGCCUUCUCAGGCGAGGGAGACUGCUGGAAAGACGAGCUGCUGGAGCUGGCUCGCUCCAAACAGGAACGCACCAUGUCAGAGCUACGCUGCCUCCGCCAGGUGUGUGAUAAUCAGCGGAAUGACCUCCAGCUUUUGCAGUCCAAUUUGGAGAGUGCCCGUGACAACCUGCGAGAGAGGGCCAAUCAUGGAUUACCAGCCAGUCAGGAUGAAGUCAGCUGUGCUUGUCCAGAGAAUUGUUCACCUUCGUCACUCAGGGGGAAGAAUUUCAAACUGUCUCAUGAUGGUUCGGUUUUAGCGGCAGCUCACCAACACAGAACAGCCAACUUGGAACGGGGAGUCUGCGCAGCACACCUGAUAGAUGGUGAUGAUUUUUUAUCCAGCCGUUCUCUGCAGCAGCUCUUGGAUGAGUCCAGGCAGGUCAUUCAGGCCAGUUCAGAGCUUGGGGCCUCUGAAUCUUUGUACCAUCAUAAGAGCCCGACAUCCCCCCACCACUACCACCAGCGCCAGCCAUAUUCCCCAACAGACAAGGUUGGUGAAACUCCACCCAAACCCUGCCCUCGACACAGUGCCAGCAAAGACGUGUGGACGGCCUGAUAUAGAUUGAAACAAUGACUACAUGAGAAUUUCCCAAACAUUUCAAAAUACGUUUUACUAUGAAAGUAUGAACUCCACUGUUGCUCAGAGAAAUAACGUUUUAAAAUACAGACUUUCAUGAACUUGUCAUUUUUAUACCCCAUAAAUUUUUAUUUUUA